GUGCACGCAGCACGUCGUCGUAGUACGUCGUCGCUACGCUGAUACCACCAACGCACCACGUUCGCGGCGAAGCGCGGUGGAUCCGCAACGCGCGAUGGCGGAUUUCGACGCGAUCUACGAGGAGGAGGAGGAAAAUGAGCAGAAUUUGGAAGAGCACUACGUCGCGAUGGUACCGGACCCAAUUGUGAUUCGCGGGGCUGGCAAUAUGACGGUAUUUGGUCUCAGUAAUCGCUUCGAAUCGGAAUUUCCCAACGGCCUCAUGUCCCGUGUGGCUCCAGAAGAGUUUAAAGCAACCGUUAUGAGAAUAAAUAGUGUGUUGAAAAAGACUUUACCCGUUAAUGUUAAGUGGUUAUUCUGCGGUUGUGUGUGCUGCUGCUGUACCCUAGGAUGUUCUCUGUGGCCUGUCAUUUGUUUGAGCAAGAGGACUCAACACUCGUUAAACAAAUUAUUAGAAUGGGAGAACAGUAGGCUCUAUCAUAAACUGGGGUUACAUUGGAGAUUGGCGAAACAAAGAUGCGAUAGCUCGUCCAUGAUGGAAUAUGUUCUUUUAAUUGAAUUUAUUCCAAAGAUUCCAAUCUAUAAGCCCGACUAAUAAGCAGUGGUAAUAUAUCCAAGAUGUGCAAUUAACAAAUUAUAAAAUUUUGUGCAAAUAGUCAAGUGCAACUGCAACUGGCAUGCAGAGAAGAUUAAAGUGCCGCUACGAUGAUAUAGGUACUUUGUAGUACUUAUGCAACGCAUAUUUUUGUAAAUACCAUGGGUAGGAAUGCACAGUACAAUAAUUCGACAUUAAUAAUGAUUUGAUGGCGUUUUAAUCAUAGAGAAACAGAAAGAGAAAGCGAGAAAGAGAAUUGCGAGUUGUUCGUAAAAGCGCGAGGAAUAUUAUAAAUACAAAGCCAGGUAAUCAUUUUCUCAUAUAUAUUCUUUAUAUUCGUUUGAAGCAUUGCGGUAUAAAUGCGAAUCCUAGAGUUUUUCAUCAUUUUCCUUAUUUUCACUGAGAAUCUUGAGCGCUGAAGACACCGCUUCACAGCUUGUUUGUCAGUUUUGUUAGUUGUCGUGGAAGUGUAAUAAUCUCAAAUCAUUUUUACUGAGUUCCUUGUAUAUUUGGUAAUCUGUACAAUUUGAUAAUCUGUACUCGUCAGCUAGAGUUUAAGCGCGUUCAGGUAAGAAAUUAAUCUGAUUCAGUACAACGAAUGUAUUAAAGUACAGAUAUUAACGUAAAAAUGAAUAGGUCUCGCUAACAAAUCUGUCUAAUCAUGCGUGAUGCAACAUACGUACGCGCCCGUGUUGUACAUACAUACGUGUACAUAUAUAGAAACUUAUUUUAACUAUAGGUUAAUUUCUUACCACGGUGAUAUUAGAAAGUAUGAUAUGUAAAGCGCAGCUUUACUUUCUGAUAUAGAUUUGACACGAUAUUUUAACAUGAAACGAAUCAUCCGAAGUUUAAGAAGCACAUAAGAGCCAUUACGUGCGAUCAAAGUAUCAAUGUAGAUUUUAGGACACGUAGAUAGCAAUCGCUGAUCAAUAUGAAAUAUAUCGACGACGAUGGAAAAUUUUAGUUGCGAAACGCAACGAUAAUAGGGCAAACAGUACAGCUACAGAAUAGCACUGGCGCAGUUUAUGGGCACAGAAGGACAUAGGAAGUAUCGUAGAAGACUACCUUGAAUGAUUACCAUAUUGGCUCUUGCUUCACGAAGGCCAAACAUUUAUGAUUUUUUACGUACACUAUAAUAAUUUCGUGUCCUUGUAGCUUCAGAAAAAUUUAUACGGAUAUUUCAACAUUUAUUUUCUUUUUAAAUUGUUAAAUUUAAAUUUAAAAAAUGUCUUACAAAUGAGGGGAAAUUUGUCAAUAAAUUUUUAUAUUUUGCGAAUAACAAUAUAUUUCAGUCAAUUUAUUACGACACAUUGUGGUACUGUUUACCCUAUUUUUUGUUAUUGAUACAGUUUUCUUAAGACGGGAUUAGGAUACCGAAAUAUCAGGAUGACGUCUCCCAUGUAAAACAUCAAGAAACUUGGUUGUGUAGGCACUAUUUUAUAUUGCAGUUUAAUAUGAUUUCGCACAGAUAUUUCUCCACCAACAACCUGUCUAACGCGUGAUAAUGCAGCUAUUAUCGGCUCUACAUUGUUUUCACAUUAACUAGAUUGUGCAAAUUUACUCGUUAUCAGGCGCCCCCAAGAAAUAAAAAGAUUGUAGGAAAGCAUGCAAAAGCAUGUGAAAGUACUACAAGCGUUUCUGUUGCUGUUCAGUGGCUGUGAUCGAGAACAAAAGACUAGCUUUGAAUUCGAAUGUGUAUCGCAAACAACUACACAUAAACGCUCCGUGCUUUAUCUCAUGAGGUUCUACAUUAAAGCCUUUUAUAGAAUACCAGAUUUACUCUGUUUCUCUAAACAUUUGUACUUAUUCUAUAGAUUUAACUAAGUUGUCAAAGCAAAAGGAAAUAUUGCAUUAGAGGCGUCUGUGUCGAUUUGUAGAUUAAUGAGAACAUAAUUACCAUACUUGAUUUCAGUUGCGGACUCGUAGGCGAAAAAUGAUUUAUCAUUAGUGUCUUGAAAAAAAAAUAUGAAGCUAAUAGAACUACUUAUAUACAGAUUCUCAUUUCACUCAAUGGAAAUAUCGUGAAACGAUUAUACUCUCGAUGAUCUGUUGAAUAGUUAACGAUGUGUCGAAUAUAUUAAGAGUGUUGUAAGCGCGAUCGUGAAAAAAUUACAUUACUGUAUUCGAACAGGUGUACGAACGAGCUACUUAGCCCGUAACUACUUUUUCCCGAUAAGCGAGUAAAGUAUCAAUAUUUCUAUAUGUCCGUUUAAACGUGUUUGAUCCAUUGAACAAACUUACAUAUAGAAACCGAGAUGUACUGUGUAAUGGAACCAUGCAUUCGUGCUUUUUAAACUGGCUAUCGCGAUCUCUCUUGAUAGCAUAUAAAUACUAAAAAUAAGGCUGUGUCAAAUCCGGCAAAGUGAGAGACAGUAUGGUUCUAAACUAUGAUUAAAAAACGAUUCUCACAUAUUUCUACGAAGAUUGUUUAACUCGCCGACGAGUAGAAGCGUAUUUUAUUCGGUUUUGCUCGCGUUUCUAAAUCAACACGGUCUAAUUAUCUCUUUCUUGAAAUACGUACACCAAGUAUCAGAAAAAAAUGCAAGUAAUAUAACUAUUAUAUAUAUAGUUUGCAAAUAAUGUAAUUACACUUAGUUUAUUAACUUAUUAAUUUUUUAGAAUACUGUUAGUAUAUUAGGUAUGCUAAAAAAUUAAUUAAGUCUAUAUAGCUUUACAUACAUGUUUACACAUGAAAAUUUACACGAUCUUUUCCUCGCAUAGACCGCAAACUAUGUAAACUCUGUAAAAAAACAUUCUUUUUUGUAAAUAUUUUUUAUAUAGAUUAAUGUAGUAUUAUGUUAUCGGAGCAAGAAAUAAUUGGCAUUAAUUAACGAACAUACUUUUAUCAAAUUAAUUGCAUGUCGUUCAUUGCAAUGUAAAACAAAUAAGUAUAAAGUUAAAUGUAGUUUUCCAAGACGGAAGAUCUUAUUUUGAAAACAAAGAGGAAAGUAACAAGUUAUCUGCUCACAAAACGUCUGUCUAGAUUACACGGCAAUACAUAGUUUACAUGGUUUACAUGUAGAUAUAGAUUAUCGAUGUUUACGCGUAAUUUAUCGAGCAGUUAGUUUGUUAACAAAACAAUUCACACAAAGAAAUCGUGCAUUUUAAGCAAGUACACACGUCUGCAGUCUGAAACUAUUUUUCAACUCGCGUUGUGUUUUAUAUAGAGAAGCUCAGCUAGUAUUAUAUACAUGUUGGAUGUACGAACGAAAAGAAAUAUCAUAGCAUCACACUACUCGAUAAAGAUUCUUUGCUCAUAUCAUUCAGUGCAUCGCACAUUUUCAUGAGUGUCCAUUGAUGUACACUUGUACGGCAUUAUGAAAACAGAUGUAUAUCGCAUGAAGACCAAUUAUCCGAAAAAUUGGUUUAUAUUUUAGAUCUGUUUCAUUUAUUAUUACUUAAGAGAUCGAAUAUAUCACACUUGAAGGAGUGGAAGUAUUUUUUCAGUAGGACGGGUUUAUAUAAACCGACAUUAUGCCAAGUUAUACCAAUGUAAAAAUAAUAUAAAUGAACUAAUAAUUCAUGGAAUGUAUAGUGAGCGAAUAUACAAUAAUGAUGAUAAAAUGGCAAACCAUCAGAGAGAAAAGGAAUAUAUUUUUGAUAGAUAAAAGAGAAAUGUUAUGAAUAAUAAUUAUUGGGAAAUUUAAAUUUUCGAUUUGGUGUUGAAGAUCUUGAAUUUUGAUUCGUCAUGAUUUCAGGUUGAAUAUUUUUUGUGCAACGUAUCAUGAUAAGAUAUUAACAACAAAUUAAUCAGUACGAAUGAAUCACAAAGCAUCGCAUAUCAUGUUACAUUACAUUAAACUGUACAUUAAUUACAUUAUAUUAGAUGUGUAACUUGCCAAAGCAUUUAUUUACAUAACACUUUCAAGCCGAUAGAAGAAUUGUAGUUGCAACGCAUUCUUGACGCAGGAGCGGCUAAAUAGUGAAAUUAUUGUCAAGCUAUUAUGGUUUCAACAUGUGCCUUUCACUCGUGAACUUGUGUGUGAAUCAUAAAUGUAAAUAUUAUAUGUUAAUAAUAUAUGUUAAGAAAUA